GUUAUGAGGUGCUGUCGUCGAUUUCAUUUCACAAAAAUAAAAAAUAUCAGCAUCUUGGGUAACAAGGUCAUCAACAUUAGCUUUGAUGAGAACGAAAAGUUUUCAACAACUAAAUAAGCAAGUUGUUGGUAAAAUGUAAUUUGAAGUGUGAUUUACCAUUUGGUGUUAAAAUACAAGUGGGAAUGAGUGUACCCCCAAAAAUGCUCCUGCCUACUUAAUUUCAUCAACAUCUUUAAUAAUACAACUAGUUAUUUAUGUAAAAUGUAAGAAAACCGUGCAUAAUGUCCGAAAUAAACUGUCUAAAUGAGCAACCUUCCUCAGAAAGUAGCUGUUCUAAAUUUUUAAAAAGUGACAAUGAUUUAAAAACUAAUGGUGAUAUGUGUAAUCUAAUGCCAAACAAUAAUAUUUGUGAGGAUGUGGUGUCUUCAAAUAGUGCUAAAGUUGAUGCAGACAUAGACACUGAAUGUGAUACUCAAACUACCACUGAGUCUAGUGAAAAAAGUCCUGAGACUGUAGAGAAUAAGGAAGAAACUGAAGAAGACAGUGUUGAUGGAAAAGCUGACUACGAUAUGGACUCCCAAGAAGAAGAUGAGUCUAUGGACCCAUAUAACAUCAACAAUGACAAAUCUUUUGAUGACGACGUCAAUUAUGAGCCUAGAGAGCAUCGCAAUGGAGUCAUCAAGAAACUUAACAAAAAGAAAAAGCUGACCAGUGGACCUGGCAGGGGGCGUCCCCGCAAAGCCCAUAUUACCAUGUACCAGAGCCAGAUCAGUGGAGACAAGAAUACUAUUAAAAUCAGGAUUAAGAAGAGCAAUUUUUGCACACAGAUACCACCAAGUAAAAAGAAAUCAGGCAGACGGAAAAAACACAAAGCAACUUCAGAUACGGACGCUUCCGAUUAUGAAAAGAGGCCGAAACGUUCCAAACCAUGGACAACGGAAAAUGAUGUGUCUAGUACCCAAGAACAGGAACCAUUGGAACAAAGUGUAUGGGGCGACCCAGAUAAACUUCCUGUAGCGAUUUUAGAAAAAAUCUUCGAUCACGUUGUAGUCCAAGAUGGUUGCUUACCUUCUUUAAUAAAGUUUGGUAAAGUUUGCCGGCUAUGGCGAGACGUGUCAGUGGCGCCAAAAUUAUGGCACAAAGCCGAUUUAAAUUACGUAAAGGAAAGGUUUAGAACUGACUUGCGUCUGCAUUGGCUCAUAUUGAAUCGACUUGUUGAAUGCCAAGAUUUAACUAUGGGUGAAUGGAAGAUUAGAGACAUUCAAGCUUACCUGGAAGCACUCUGUGAACAUUGUAAAAAACUAAAAGGUCUAAAUUUAAGUGGCUGGAAGGGUAUUUCGCCUGACCACUUAAAAUACCUUUCUGUAGAGUGCAAAACUUUAGAACGUUUAGAUUUGUCAUCUAUUAAUUUCACUUCACCUAUAAAUGCACAACCAUUAGUAAAUCUAAGUCAAGCUAUGUCAUCCCGUUUAACACAAUUGGUGUUGGCUCACAACAAGAUUGCUAAUUUUACACAAAUUAUGGCAGCGCUUUCAACUAAUUGUCCGAAUUUACACCUUCUGGAUAUAUCCAAUAUCAGAACGUUCGCCCACAAUAUGUCUCUUUUGCAUAUUGAGAAGUUACAAAUUGGUUGUCCUGAUUUAAGAGUGCUUCGGAUCACUAACAGCCAAAUUUGGCUGGCGGCAGCUAGUUUAACUGAACAGGUGGCUUCACCGGGUUUCCCUAAAUUGGAAGAACUUUCCCUUGCUGGUCUUGAGGAGGAUCAAACCACAACUUCCAGAUCGGUAGAUGACGAUUGUAUUGAAAGGUUGCUUAAAUGUAGCACGAAACUUCGGUUGCUGGAUGUUAGGGGAUGCAGUAAACUUACAGAUUCUGGAUUAGUUCGUGUACCAGCCUGGGAUCUCGAACAUCUCUUUUUAAGUGCUUGUUAUAUAACCCGAUUACAAAAUUCUGGACUUGAGUUAAUUGUUCAAAAGUGGUCUCAUAGUUUGAUUGAAGUCGACUUGGCCUGGAGUACUGCAACCAAUCCUCUGGAUGCUGCUGUUUUGGCAUUAGCUGAAAAGGGUGCAGAAUCUAAGUUAAGAAUCUUAAAUCUGUGCGGUUCCUCUGUAAGCCUUGACCCAGUGAAAACAGUAUUGGAAAAGUGUCCAAAAUUGUACUCUAUCAAUUUACAGUCAUGUAGGGCUUUGCCACGUGGGAUAAAACGAUUGUACACUGGAAGCCAGGUUAAUGAAUUGAGAAAGAGUUUACAGGACAAGCCAAAGACUGAAGCAAGCGAAUCAGAGAAUGACCAGUCUCCGGCUCAGACAACUGUAUCCCCAAGAAAUGAUUAACUUUGUUACAUAAUGUUUGGCUUUAUUUUUUCUUUUUACUUUUACUAUAAUAUAUUAAUUAUUAAAGUUGAGCAAAAGUGGGUUAUGUUAAAGUUAUCAAUUUGAUAGAGUAGAGGGGCGAAUAAUUCAUACAAAAUUAUUUCAUUUUAGUUGAAAUUUUGUAUCUCUGUUUUGUAAUAAUACAAAGAAUUACUUAUCUUUUCUUUUUUUUUGGAGUUAAAUGGAUUUUAACUACUGCAUACUAUGUGAUUUUAAAGAUUGCAAUAACAUUGAAUAAUAUACCUUUUAGUCUUAUUAUUGGGCUUUAUCGUGAUAGCAUUUAAAUAUUUUGAGCACCUCUGCUGUUCAAACAUGUUAUUUUUUAUAGAAUAAUUUUAUGAAAAUAAAUUUUCUGAUGCAACUCUAAAUAAAGUUGAAAACAAUUUGUCUAAAUUCAUGCCGUAUUUAAAAUUAUGAAUCAUGAGUGAAAAAUGUCUAUACACAGUGUGGCAUUAAAGUAGGUAUUACAUAAUAAGCUUUAUAGCAAAAAUAUAUUUUGUCAAACGAUUUUGUUCUUGAGUGUGCAAUUUUUGGCCUAGUACAAAUAUAAUUUUAGUUUUUUACACAGGGUGUUUGAAAAGUUGAGUUUUUAUUUUUAAUGUCCUUAUUUAGGAUAGAGGUACAUCAAAUUUUAUGACCGAAUAUGUUGUACCGUCCGCCACUACUACCAGUUGAAUGUUUUAGUGAGGUCUUCGGACUGAGUGAAGAGAAAAAAAAUGAAUUCCUUACAUUUUUCUUUUUAUUCUGCCGUCUAGAAAAUUUGAAGUUCGUGCCUGUUUCUAGAUGAAGCAGCCGCAUAUCCACGCUACUCCCGCAGGCUAAAAACAUGAAUGCAAUUGCUUUUAAUUAAAAAUCGGUAAUAAAUACUGCUUAUAAAAGUUGGAAAUUAGGAUUAUUUGAUAAACCUUCUGAGAACAUUAUUCAAAAGUCAAAUUUUUAUUUAUUGAAAAAUACUAUUUGUUACUGAUUUUUAAGUAUUUAAGCAAUUACUUGAUUUUUAAUCCGACUACACCAAUUAUUCAUACACAUCAGCCGUAUUCACAAAUAACGUUUCCCAAUUAGAAAAAUAAUUGUUCAAAAUUACUGUAAAACAGGUACAUCCUUAAAUCACUCUUAAAACCAACUGAAGUAAUAAACUAGAAUUAUUCAGUUGAUCGCUUAAAAUUUCUAAAGGGGAGUGUCUCCUAGGUCACUUAUACAGGGUAUUUCAUUGAGAAACUGAAAUAUACCAUAUUUAAUAGUUCUGGCAGUCUUUAUAACCGAGCUUAUCGAUUUAGGUCGUUUAUUUUUAGGGCCAUAAGUAAUAAAUCAUCUAUUUUUGCACCCACUGCUUAAACAAAUAAUGUACUAGUCACAAGAAAAAUUCAGGUCUGGAUUAACAAAAAAUAAAUAAAUCGUUUUGUCCUCAAAAUAACAUCUAUCAGAAUUUUCAAAAUUCGUUUACAUACAAUUUCACUACACGAAUUUUGAACCCGUGCAUUUAGUAUGUAAAAAAAUUAAUGUUGCGGAUUGAUAAUAUUAAAACAUAAAAAUGAUUUAGUAUUAAUUCAUUCUAAACAUAUUAAAAAUUGUUAACUGCAUAUUUUUCUAUUUUUAUACCAGUAAACAACUCCAGUGUGUAUUUACAGAUCCGUACUUGCAAUUUUAAUUAAUAAAAGGAAUUUGGAAAUAUUAACCCAUUUUCAUCCUAUUUUAGGACAAUUAGAAAAACUAGUAUUCACCCAAUCAGUGGUCGAGAACUGGUAUCCAAAAAAAGGAGUGGGGGAAGAGGUUGGCUUACUUUUCGAAUUUUUCUAAUUUUUUAAUUAUGUACAACCAAUAUCUCAAAAUACUCGAAUUAUGAAAAAUUUUUUCAGCACCACCCACACUUAGAGGGGGACCCCCCUCCUACCUACAUUUAGAGGGGAGCGAAGUGACUUGUCCUUUGGGGGGGAAUUUUUUUUUGUCUCAAAAUCCAAUCUGUCUUACCCAAAGAUCAUUUUUCUUAGUCUAGGGGUCCAAUCUGCCAUACCUGAAGUUCAUUUUCUUCCUAAGUCUAGGGGUUCAAUCCGUGGUACCCGAAGUUCAUUUUCUCAAGUCUAGGUUUCUAUACAUCGACCUCCCCUGGGGGUGGUAGGUGAAGUAGGGUUGGGAGAGAGUUGGGCAAUUUGAAAUGGUUUUAGGCCCCCCUGCUUUUUUUUUUUUUUUUUACCAGUUAGGCAUGGUAGAGGAAGGGAGAGGGGUAAGUUGGAGAAGUGGGGAAAAGUAAUUUUUUGUCGUUUUUUGCGAACCGCUAUUCGUCCAUGUAAUAUCCAUGUCGGUUCGAAAUUAAAGGGUGCUCAUGUUCGCAAUAGACUACUUUUAUUAGUCAAUCAUAAUUCAUAAUUGUGAAUUAAUGGAUUUAAUAUAUGGAAGGUAGAAAAAAAAUACUGUUUCCAAAUAUUUUUUAUUGUUAUCACUAAAGCUCGUCAAUAACUACUAAACAAAACUAUAAAAAGAAAAUCGAUUCACAAACAGAAGAGAUAAUGGCACUGAACUAUUUAGUCUUUGCCUAUUUAUAUAUAGAUUCUAAAAUCGUAAUUUCAUUUUAAUAUUGAGUCAAAUAUAUGACGAAUAUAACUUUAGUACUAACAAUAACAUUUUGAGAACGUAAAAUAUAUGAUCUCCGAUUCCAACAAGAAAUUGUGAAAAAUACACAAAUACUAAAGUAUGUGGAAUUGAGUAUUAUAUAUUUUCAUAUUUCCAAAAUUGCAUUUUAGUUUUUCGUAUCUUAACCGAUUUUUUCACUUCACUUUUCUUUGUGACUAACAAAUAAAUUACUAACAAUAAUCUGUCUGAUGUUUAGACAUCAGCAUAAAUUUCUUCUUUUUUCCUUGACUUCUACUGUUGUAUGGGCUCAGUUUUUCACUAUUUACCCAGUGCUAGUGUUUCGUUUAUAACAAUUUUUAUUUGACAAAAAUUAGCCAUAAGAGACCUAACACGCUCUUCUUGGCAAGCCAGGUAGACCUCAGAUAGUGCUAGUUAAAAACUGAACCCAUACAUCCAAAGAAAAAGACAAUGAAAAAAGAAGAAAAUUGUGCUGCGCCGUAACAUUAGACAGAUUGCCGAAAUGAUAAUUUACAGUUUCCUUUGAAAUAUAAAAUCCUGUUUCUAUUACUUGCUAUUAUUUUCACUAUUAGAAUAAUACUAUUAACACAAUACCAAUUUUA